AUGUUCAAAAAUCAGUAUCAGGGUGGUCCAUUUGUUGAAGUAUUCAGUGCUCAAGGCAAGAACCCGGGAGCAAAAUGGAAGGUUUUUGGCAGCCCAUCAGCUAUACGGAAAGAGUAUGAUAAAGGAGUAAAAGGCUUUGUUUUUCUACUUGAAGGAAGCAGUCAAAUCAACAAAAUGCAGUUACCAAAGAAAACAAGACAAACUUUGGGACUGAUCCAGCAAUUUCUGACCCUUCAGAUUUUUGUGCCGUUGGGACAAGACUUCUCCGUUGGGUUACUGAUAACUGAUUUAGGAAAUAUUAAAAGAAGACUGUAUUUAUCGACGAUACACAAGGAGUUGUCUGUAACCCCUCUGCAUGCAAAAAUUCCUCUGUUUACGAUUAAGCGCGAAAUAUGGUGCAAUAUGUGCAUUGACUUGGUAGCAUUCACCUGUGAAAUAUUCAGAGGAGCUGUCUUCCGGUCCUUGGAUGGAAUUAGUGUUUCAGCUAACUGUAAACUGAGAAAGAUCUUCACUUUAAAAUCCAAGCCUCAAGAUACAGCUGAGGAAGGUGGUGUGAGUGUUGUUCCGUUUACGCCAUGUGAGCCCACAGAGAUUAUUCCUCGAACCUGCCAGCUGAAUACAGAUGUGCCACAAGUUACACAAGUGCUGAACCUGACUAAAAUUCACAAGUCAGAAGUAAAAUGUAGGAAACAUCCAGUAACAGUGCAAGACACAGGUAGCUUGAUUAAUAGAGGACAAAGCAAUCUAUGCAGCAGUAAAACUCAGGAUGUGUCACACAUUGCGUUUGGAUCAAAGAUCCUGGGGCCACCUCCAUCUUCAAACAGAAGAAUCAGUACAAGGUUAUCUGGAGAGGUAACAAAGACUAUUGGUAGCAAAAGUAAUCAAUCGUGCCAACUUCAAAGUUCAGGAAAGGAAACUGAAUCCGUGCAAGACGUUGAGAGACUGGAGCUGUCAUUCUCACCAUGCUUUGGCUCUUUAGCUGAAGAAAGCAAGAGAAAUUCUCACCAAACAACUAAAGAUGUAUGUCAGAAUGACCCUGCAAUUCAGACUCAGGAAACCUCAGAGAGUGGAAGAGCAGACUUUCAGCUCACCUUACCACAAAGACCAUCAGCAGAAAAGAACAGACAUAGAUUAUCUCCGAAAAAUGCAGCCGAAAACACAGCGGAGAUAACUAGUGAUGAAUGGGUGUUUCCAGAAAGUUUCACUGAAAGUAUUCAGUCGGAAAGGAGUGAGCAGUUCAUAGCCGCUGAAGAUUCAGCCUGCCAUAAUUUAAGCUCACCACAGAACGCCUCUCUGGAGCAUCACAGCAGUGAAACAGUUGAUCAUGAAGGGAAUAAUAAAGAGAUUUUCAUAUUUUCAUCAACACCUCGAUCAGCUCCUCAUGGGAAGUCUUCAGAUAUAUCACCAGAAUGUUGCAUUUUUCCUGUGGAUUUGAAGCAAGACAGUAACGGAGUACAUGGGCAAAUCCAAAUUGAAGAGAACUUUCAAGGAAAUGACAGCAGUAAAGAGGAUGACAACAAUGAAUACAUCCAAGGUACUGAAAACCUUGACAUCAGCGACAGCAGGCAAGGAACAUCUGACUCAGCAAUUUUUAAAGAGAUCCCAGUAAAGAGGAUGCCAUGGGAAAAGGAGCACUGGAAGGAUAAGGGACACAGCAAACAUAACCUCGAAGAGACCAUCUUACCAAAACCACAGAGCUCCGCUGGGAGAAAACCAGAUUCUGACAGCUCUCAGAGAAGCUUGAAGCCUACACUUUCUCUUUCUCCAACUGGAAGCAAAUCUGAAUUCUUUAAAGUCAUUCCAAGCGGACCUGAAAAACCUGAAAGAUAUGAAGGAGUUUCUGGUCAAUUAGAAACAUCUGUCAGUAAAAAGUCUCUCAAGAAAAUCUCAAGAGAAAAUUCUUGUCUGACUACACAGAGCCGUGAGUAUGACUGGAAAAACUACCAGUUGAAUAGACUGAGCUCAUCUGAACUACAGAUGCUGGCUAGCAUGAAGAGACAGCAAAAUGAAGAAUUAAGGGAUACUGGGAUCUCACAUGGGCUGAGCGCAUCACAGAUAGACAACUGCAAUGUUAGCAUGAGUACGAGCAGCGAUGAUACAGCAACCUGGAACUCUUGUUUCCCACCACCCGUCAGUCAGGAGCAUCACUAUCAGAAAGAAAUGAGCCCACUUUCUCGUUCCAACCCACGGGACUGGUUGCAGGUGUUCAGUCCCCCCAUCAUUCCUGGAAGCCAACAACUGGAAGAGCACAGUAAAUCUCCAACAAAUCAGACUGUUCCAGGCCUUAAGUACACUCUGGCUGUCUUUGUUCAUGGUGAAGAUGACCUCAAUGCUGAAGAAGAUGACGAGGUUUUGACUCUUUUGUAUGAUCCAUGUCUGAACUGUUACUUUGAUCCAGAUUCUGGGAAGUACUAUGAACUGGCGUAG